CACACACUUAAUUUUCAUUGCCUGCUUUCCAACCUGACAACAUUCGUUCAUUGCUGAAUCAACUCACUCUCUCGGAACCCCAACAUUAAUGGAUGCCGACCGUCUGAUUCACACUUUGAUAUACGCGAUUGUCCUUCCUGUUGUCGUCGUUUGCUUGUGCUUCACUUUUCCUCUCUUCUUGAUCGUCAGAUGCAUUCUCGCCAUCUUAAGCUGUCGUUCCAGCGAAAGCUUGAAAGGAAAAGUUGUCCUUAUCACUGGCGCUUCCUCAGGAAUCGGAGAGCAAGUGGCCUACGAGUACGCGAAGAAGGGAGCUUGUCUGGUGAUAGUGGCGAGGAGGGAGGAGCAGUUGCGAAAGGUUGCAGAGAAUGCUCGGGGGCUGGGCUCGCCGGACGUUGUUCCGGUUCGUGCUGACGUGUCAAACGCCGAUGACUGUAAGCGAUUUGUCAAUGAAGCCAUCAACCAUUUUGGUCGAUUGGACCAUUUGGUGAAUAAUGCGGGAAUCCUCUCUUUUUGCUCAAUUGAAGAAGUAUCUCAAGUUACAAAAUUUGCUUCUGUAAUGGACACAAACUUUUGGGGAAAUGUAUACACAACUUACUUUGCAAUUCCUCACCUCAAGAAGACCAAGGGCAAGAUUGUAGUCAUUUCCUCCGUCAGUGCUCAUUUAUACCCACCAAGACUGAGCUUCUACGCUGCAAGCAAGUCAGCACUAAUAAGCUUCUAUGAGACGCUGAGAGUGGAAUUAGGCCCUACAGUCAGUGUUACAAUCGUAACUCCCGGCUUUAUUGACACAGAGAUGACCCAAGGGAAACACUUAUCCAGAGAUGGAGAAUUCAAAGUAGAUGGAAGAGUGAGACAAGUCCUAGUUCAAAAGUUGCCAAUGAUGAGUUCAAGAGAUUGUGCGGAUGCUAUUGUGGAGGCAGCGUGUCGAGGAGACAGAUAUUUGACUGAACCAAAAUGGUACAAGCCAUUGUUCAUGCUAAAAGCUCUGUGCCCUGAACUGCUUGAAUGGUAUUACACCACAUUUUACUUCAAGUCGACGAGAUCAAAUAUGGAUGGUUAUGAUUAGAGCAUCAUCACAGGCUAGAGAAGACUAAUUAAGGUUAUGAUUGCAGCUGCAAAAUUAAGAUCUUCUCAGUGACCUUCUUAAGAACUGAUAUACUAUGAUUAGCUUCUCACUUUUGUUGUUUCUGUUUUCAAACAUGAAUACGAGGGAAUUAUAUUCCCAUCUUCUGCACUGUGUAUGUGUGAUUUGGGCUUAAAUUAAAGCAUCUU